AUGCCUUACAACAACACGGCUAUUCCACCGCCUGACGAGAUAACUGGCACGUCUGCUUUGCCACUUGCAAGAGUGAAGAAGAUCAUUGCAAUGGAUGAAGACCUCGUCCAAUGCUCUAACAGUGCUGCUUUUGCCAUAUCAGUAGCUACGGAGAACUUCAUUAGAUAUUUGACGGAGCAAGCCCACAAUGUUGUCAAGGCUGAACGGAAACCACGGCGGAAUAUUCAAUACAAAGACUUUGCCAACGCUGUUGCUCGCAUUGACAACCUCGACUUCCUUGCGGAUGUGAUUCCAAAGACAACGACGUACAAACAAUUCAAGGAGAAGAGGGCCAGAGAAGAGGCCGCCUCUGCUGCUCUGGUUCCAGUAGCACCGGGCCAAACAACGCUGCAGAACGGAUUUGGGGGCGCAGUACCAAUUGGACACCUCGACCCUCAUCCCGAUAGAUCGUCAAGAGAGGAAAGCAAUGGAGUUUCGUCCAGCCAGAAGCUGCCAUUUCCGAUGAAUCGAAGCCCAGUCGCUGAUCGGACGUUGCACACGUCGGUGCAUGGCCAUCCGCCGCCUUUGAUGCAGCGAGAUGUCGAGAUGGAGGACGGAGGUAUCUCACGAUGA